UAGACUAGUACAUUCCACUAAAAAAGAAUGCUUUUCAUUAUUCUCGUAGGUUAAUAACCUAAAAUGUCUUCAGACAGCGAAUUAGAUGAAUUCUACGAUGCUGAGGAUGCGACUCCAAGACCAAUUCUUGGCAAGAAUAUUCCUCAUACCACAGCCUCUCAGUCCAGAAACAGUCUAGAAGAACAAGAAAGAAAGCUGAUUGAAUUUAAAAGAAAACAGGAAGAAAGGAGAAGACAGGAAGAUGAAGAAUACAGACAACUGCUGCUGGAACUGGAAGAAAAAAGAAAACUGGAAAAGAAACAGGAGGAGGAAAAGAAGUUACAAGAAGCAGAAAAACGACGAAGGAAAUUAGAGAACAUGAGACAAAAAAUCUCCAAUGAAAAUGUAAGCACAGAGAAUGACUCAGACUUAGGAGAAGACGAGUCCGACAAAUCAACUCGAGAUUAUGAUUCUGACUCGUCCAAUGAAGCUCAAGACUCGGCUGAGGAUUUUGUAGAUUCCUACAACCCAUCAGAAGUCACUAAGCGAUUAACUUUUAGUGAAAACAUGGACUCUUCUCAUCCAACCAAAGCCAAAAUGGAAAAGGAGAUUCCAGAUCUUGAUGUGGAUGAACUUUUAUCCGAUUCGGAUGAUAUUGUGGAUAAAUUGUUACAAGACAAUCAGGUUUGUAGUGGCAGCAAUGAGCCUGACAUUGUACGCAGCACCAGGACACCUCCUAACACUCUGACAUCACUUCCUCCCUCUGUAAUGGACCAAUUAGCUUCAGCUUCCCAGAAUUCCCACUCGCUUUCACUUCCUCCACCAGGGCAGUCUACUGAACCUAGAGCCCCUCCCCGUAGACGGAGGAGGGAAAAUGAGCAUCCCCAAGAGCUUUCAAGUGAAGCUAGCACACCUGACUGGGAUAACAGGGAAUCUGUGCCCCUCCCCUCUCAGUCCCCAGACAGUGGGCCUGCGUUGGAUAACUUCCUGGAUAUAAGAGACUGUUUAGGGGGUCGGCGACACAUCCGAAUGGAGGAUGCUGAAUUACAUGCGGUAAAUUCUGAUCAGUCUCGUCCGAGAUCUGCAACAGGAAGUAGUAGAUCCAGCUCACUUGGGAGAUCUGAGUCGCGCUCAAAAUCAGGAGGUCAGAGGCAAUCAAUGAGUGCACCAAUACAGGGCAGAAAAACAGCUUCUCUGGGCAGAGCAGAUGGAAGAACUGGUUCCCAGUGGAGAAGUGAUAGCAAGUCUACAUCAGGGUCAUUGGGACAAAGUGAAAGUAAGUCAGGAUCUAGUUCAUUGGGACGAAGUGAAAGUAAAUCACACAAGAAUGACGAGGGACAGUAUCAAAGUAAGAAAUCUUCUAGUCUGCCUCGAAAAAGUUCCAAUGUUUCAAGAAAGUCAGUAGAAAGGGAACGUAGGAAAUCCGGAGAUCGGGACAAGAAAUCGUCAAAAGAAUCAUCUCGCUGUUCAUCACCCAACACAGAGGAGCUCGAGGAGCAACAGCCAACAGCUCCGAGGCCACGCUCAAACUCGGGAAGGACAUUAACUGAUGAGGAAAUCCUGGAAGGGGUGUUGGUUCUGAAUCUGGACACGGGGGAGAAGGUUCCACUAAGUAUAGCCGAGGAUAAAAUCCCCAAAUGUAUCAACCCUCUGACUUUACACAUCAUGAAACUCACCAAGGAAAUGGAUGGGGAGGGUAAGGAUUUACAUGAGGAGGGAGCUCACGGGGUAGAGGACAGUAAAUCUCUGGAGGAGGAGACAGGGGUCAGAAAGAAGGGACUAAAGCUGAAGAAAUUCUUGGAGAAGAAAAUGAAGAAAAAUGUUGACAAACUCAAAACUGCUGCAGAUCAGGUGAUACAUGGAGAUGAAACAGGCAUUGAAGAAGAGGUCAAUGUGGACGGGAAAAUCUUUAAGCUGAAAGCUCAUCAUAAAGGCACUAAGGAAUUUAAUCAACUCAAGAUGUUACAGGACAUGAGUGGUGUUCACACGGAAGUGGACGAUGAUCUAGACUGUACAAUGACUGAAGCAGGUGCUGUGUGGACCAUGAAGUUUUCACCCUGUGGGAAACUCCUAGCGACUGGAGGACAAGAUAACAUGUUGAGGAUCUGGGUCCUCAAGGCCGCCUAUCCUCACUUUGAUGACAUGAGGACAAAGUAUGCUGAUGUUCGCGUGUCCCCAGCUCCUUCACAUGAAAGCCUCAACUCUAUUGUGUCAGAAAAUUCAGUGGGAGAUUUUCUUACACAGGCCCAGAUGACAUCAGAUGAGGAUAAGGACGCCCCCUUUAUGUCCCGCCCUCUUUGUGUUUACCGGGGUCACGUAUCAGAUGUGUUAGAUGUCUCCUGGUCUAAAAAUUACUUCAUCUUAUCCUCAUCAAUGGAUAAAACCGUGCGACUGUGGCACAUUUCACGGAGAGAGUGUCUUUGUAUAUUCCAGCAUAUAGACUUUGUCACUGCCAUAGUGUUCCAUCCAAAGGACGAUAGGUACUUUUUAAGUGGUUCAUUAGAUGGUAAGUUACGACUCUGGAAUAUCCCUGAGAAGAAAGUUACGAUGUGGAACGAAGUGUCCAGUCUCAUCACGACAGCCAAUUUCUGUCACAACGGCAAGUUUGCAGUCGCCGGAACUUAUGAUGGAAAAUGUAUAUUCUACACUACAGAGCAAUUAAAAUACUACACUCAGAUUCAUGUAAGGUCAACUAGAGGUAAAAAUGCCAAAGGAAGCAAAAUCACAGGUGUGGAGCCAUUACCUGGUGAAGAUAAGAUAUUGGUGACCUCUAAUGACUCCAGAAUAAGAUUAUAUGACCUUAGAGAUUUGACCUUGACCUGUAAAUACAAGGGUUGCACUAAUAACAGUAGUCAGAUCAAGGCCAGCUUUAGUCCAAAGUCUAAAUACCUGAUAUGUGGUUCUGAGGACCACUUUGUGUACAUCUGGAAGACACAGCACGAGUUCUAUAAAUUCUCAUCGGCCAGGAGGGAUCGCAAUGACUAUUGGGAGGCCAUUAAGGUUCACAAUGCUACAGUUACUGCUGCAGUUUUUGCCCCCAAUCCCUCCCUGUUUAUCCGCUCAAAGAAACUGGAAUCCAACCCCAGCAAAGAGACAGAAGAGACCCCGAGACAGGUUAUCGUCGCUGCGGACUUCACAGGUGCUAUAAAAGUUGUACUCAAUCUCGGACCUAAACCAACAUAGACUGAUAAUUAAGUUACAAAGCUUGGUGUAAUUGCUCAAUGCUUGAAGACCUUCCAAAUUCCAGAAAAAUAACAUGAUUUAUGAAAUUGCUUCAUAUCAUUGUUUUAAAAUUUUGCAGAUUUAGCUUAAGCUGCCCUUUUGAAUUAAAUGUACAUGUAUGUAAACAUAUGUGUAUUACUUUUUCUGCAGCAUUAUUUAAAGACCUGUACAUUUUCAUUAACCUAAAGAUAACACAGUUGAACUUUGUAAUCUCGAACACUAGUAUCUCAAAUACCAUGGAUAUCUCAGUCAUUUGGAAGUCCCAACUGUAUGUACUUUUUCUUUAUGAAUUUUAACAUCAGUAGGCCUAUACCUGGCUAUUUUGAAUUUUUUUUCUUUGUUCCAUUGAGUAUGAGAUAACAAGGUUUGACUGUACAUAAAUUACAGAUAUAAAAGCUUUGACUGUACAUAAAUUACAGAUAUAAAAGAGUUUUGAUUCAUUGUACAUGUUUUAGAUCAUAUUAAUGUAAGUACAUUACGUAUAUAUUUCCAGUACUGGUGAAAGUGUUAGCAUUUCUACAGUAUGCUCUUUUAUUGACUGGUCUCACCAAAAGCUGUAAAACUUGUUUUUAUACACCAAACACACCUUUGAAUGGGUAUUAGUUUGGACAAAGUGCAAAUUUACUUAUUCAAGACUUCCACUGAACAUAUUUUCAACAGAGAUGAUCAAAUAUUACAGCAGGAGAUCAAAAGAUCAUGAAUUUUUAAAAAUUUGUUAAUAUACAUCACUAUAUGUAAAUAUAUUUAUAAGAUACUCCUUUUUAUACAAACAAGAUCUAGGGAAGUGUAUUUGUUUGUCUCUCUGUUUCCUGGUGUUUCACUAUGGCCAGAUGUUAAAUGCAUGUAUUAUCUUUGUAUAUUUUGAAUGACCCUCGUAUGUCAUAUUCAUGAAUGGUGGGACAGCUUGGUUCUUUGUAAGAUCUGUGUUAAGCUCAAAAGAGUGGAGGUCGUAGAUAAAUUUUACUGUCAUAGAACUUUGCUAAUUUUUAUGGAUGGAAGAAUGAUUAACAAAUAGAUUGUUAGAAGGUAUAAUUAUGUAUGUAUCACAAUACAAAAUUUGAUGAACAAAAACUCAGAAGGAAUGAUACAUGUAUAGUGUAUAUCCAGGAACAAAAAUAUGUAUUAUUUUUAAUAUAUAAAGUGUUUUAAUUCAUUCUUAAAUGAAUACAUUGCAUACAAUGGGGAAAUCCAUUGUAGAAUUCAGAGAUUUUUGACCAUCUUCAGCAAUUAUCUGUUAAGUAUAGAUCAAUAUUUUUUUCUGUGUAACAGUAUUAAUCUUAUUUUCCUACAAUUUUAUGUAUGCAUGUACUACCAUUAAUUUUCUGAUUUUCUUGAACACAAGAUUUUGGUGAAUUAAAAACUGCUGGUGGUUUAAGUCAGAAAAUUAUUUAAUGGAAUGAUUGGAACAAAGUUGAUGAAAAUAGAGGUAGAAUGUUGUCUUCACAGUGUAUAAAACUAUCAUUGAUAAAGUCAAACCUGUUUCUUUGAACAAUUUCAUGAUAUCCUCUAUCAUGUUCAUGAUUUUACUUACUUUUGACUGAAAACGGUCCAUUUUUACCUCAGAAUUUAAACAUUUCGAUGUUAUGCCCCACAUAGCUUGUACAUCUACGUGUACAUAUAGUUUGUAGGAAAUGCAUUCUGUGUUGAUGUGUUUAAAAUUUGUAUUAACUGAGUGUGCUAAUUCAGUUGAUUAGCCUGUGUAUGAUAUUACAUUAAUUUAUUAUGUAUUAUAUUUUUUAAAAAUUUGUACAAAGUUGAAUUAAUUGAAAUCCUUUUGGGGAAACCACAUUUAAUAAAUCUUUGUUGAGGAUCUUCAAAAUUAAAGAGACCUGAGCAAGAUUUCUACCAGCUGACUGUUUAAAUGAAAUUUUAUGCCUUUUUCAUGGAUGUUCAUUUCGCCAUAUUUCUGUGAUAUUUUGAAAACAUUUUUUUUAUUUUUGUAUCACUAAAGUAGUGUAGAUAAAGUGUACUCUUUAUCAAACGAGAAGAUUUUAUUUUUGUGCAAUGAAACCUCUUUGUGGUUAGGAUGACAACACUACUUCACAAAAUAGAGAGAGAUUAUUUUUAUGUUCUAACAAGCAAUUAAUAUUCAGUUCAUUCUUAAGUUAUUAAUGUCCAAAGUUUAUGAACAUUUUAUUAGUAUCUUGAAUGAGGCAAUUCUUUCCUCAUUUAUUUUAUAUAAAGUAGAUUUUUUUCCUGGUGAUAAAAGCAUAUUUCAAACCAAUCAUGAGUUCAAUCAAUGUAGGAAUUAUUUCAUUUAAUUAAUAAUUCUUGUCUAUGAAAAAAAAAACCCUCAACUUGAAUUGGAACUUUUUGUGAUAUAUUUAUUUCUAGUCAAUCUUAGGCUAUGUUUGCAGAUUAACAUGAUUAAGGUGAUUUAUUGUACAAGUUUCAUUUAUUCACAAGAAGUAUUGCUGAAAGUAUACAUAUUAAAGAGUAUUUAGAAUCCCAGAUACUUACCAUUAAAAUUGUGCUGUGAUUAUGAAAUUACUGUGUGGAAUUGCAUCCCAAAAAGCAUUUUAUUUUAUAUGAUAGUUGCCUUAUUGUAUAGAUUUAAUAGUUAUCUUCCUCUAAGAGUUAUAUUAUUUUGUGUAUCAUGGUAUCAAAGAAUUCAUCGACAAAUAGUGAAUUGCUGCACUUUUGAAUGUCAUUAAAAAAUUGAAUUGAUUUAAAUUAAAUGCAUGGUGCUAUAUUCUUGGCCAGAUGUACAUGCUAUAUUGAAUUUGUAGUGUACUUCCUUCUAAUCAUUUGAAAUUUGAUUUCUUUACUUUGUUUUUAAUGGAGUUUUUUACUAUUAUCAUUAUCAUAGUAUAUCGGGGUGUAAUUGUUAACCAUUAAUACAUGUAUGAUAACUGUUUAUGAAUGAAUGAUCGAUAUAGAAGAGAGUGUUCAGUGUUAUACCAUUUUAUAAUGUAAAGUCAUAUAUUUAUAUUGAUGUAAAUUAUUAACAAGGAUAAUAAAUUGUUAUAACU